UCAGAGGAUUUCGAUGUACAAUGUACUCACCUGCAAAGAGCCUCAGGUGAUUUAUAUUUGGCCAUUAUCGCAUAUUCCCAUCACGUGACAAGACGCGAGACGCGUUCCGAUUGAAAUUCAACCCAAGGUUGCAUCCCAGCUGCGAUAGCUGCUACUUACCGGAAUGGCGACAAAGAUCGUCUCUCGUCAAGGUGCCUUUCAAUCACACAUUCGGAGGAAUACCAUCGCAGAGGCACGCAAUUCCGAACACACCUCACAACCACGGAAAGCAUUUGGCAACCUUAACGACGCGGUGGAUUCUGACAGUUCAAUUGAGAUAUUCGAAGGUAACCUCUUCGCAGAGAAGAAACUGAAGGACACAAAGUUCUUAAAUGAGAAGAAACCCAAGCCAAUCCACCCAUUCUUUUUGGGGCAGUCCAGGCGUGAAGUUGCCCUUACUUCUGCACUGUCGAAAUCGGAUAACAAGAAGGUGGCAAAUCACGACGAGAACCUGAGAAGUGCAGAAUGCGUUGCGCUGCGAACCGAUAAAGUACUCCAGAGAUCCUUGAAUCAUCAUAAUAUGGAGACCGGGAUAUCAAGACGGGGAAUUGCACCAAAGAAAACUGGUGGUGACGUGAAUAGAACAGAAGAAUACAAAAGCGAGAGCUUCACCAGCAUGGCAGUGGCUCGAGGCUUAGGGCGAGCACCAGAAGAUUGCAAAGUAAAAGGUAGUCGAGGUACAAUGUCAAAGUCUAAAUCUACUAGUGUCGAAGCAAGCUCAAUGUCUGACUACUCCUACGCGGAUUACUGCGCCCCCGCCCCCGCUGUUGUCUACACGCGCUGCGAGGACGAGGCCAACAAAUUGGUUCAAACACUUGAAAGUCCCCUCGGAUUUGACCUCGAGUGGCGUGUACUCUGGAAAUCUGGUGCCCAGGAGCGACAAACAGCACUGGUGCAACUGUGCGACAAAUCGACUAUCUUGCUGUGCCAUGUAAGUCAUAUGAGACGGUUUCCGCAAAAAGUCUUGGAGGUGAUUGAGUCGCCGAAAAUCGUUAAGACAGGGGCGAACAUCCACAACGAUGGCGAGAAACUGUAUCGUGACUUUGGGAUCAUGGCUCGAGGACUUGUCGAGCUUGGUGCACUUGCGCAUGUGGCAGAUGAUGCUUUCUCUCGUGUAUACAAGCGACGAAUAGUCAGUCUCGCCAAAAUGACUGCCACGUACCUCGAGCGCAAUCUAGUGAAGAGCAAAGAGCGCACUAGUAAUUGGGAGGGAGACCUAAAUAAAAAGAUGGUGGAUUAUGCAGCCAAUGAUGUGCAUGCAGCACUGAUGGUACAUCUCAAGCUCCUGGACUCUGCUAAAGCUUGUAACAAAGAACUUGACCCGACCAAGUAUACUAGCUCAGUCGAACCACCUAGCCUAAGGGUAGGUGGUAACAAGGUCAUGGCGUCACAUAUGCCACCGGAAUCCAACGUGCCGAACAUUCCGUCGUUAGAACCUGUGCCUCCCCGCCCGCAAUACAUGCGGGCUUAUAACCUAUGGCACCACCGCAAUACGCCACUCGAUAAGAUGUGCGACGUAUUGAAGACAGGUGGGCGUGUGGAGCCUCUGAAAGAGAGUACGGUGAUAUCGUACGUGGUGGGUGCCAUCCAGGCAGAUACGUCGUUGCCGUUUGACAUGAGUAAGCUUCUCGAACUAGUGAAGAUGGAGGCGGGAAGCUGGCAACGACAUCGAGCAUGGUUGAUGGACGCAGAGAGGAGCGGUCGUGGAUGCGCUGUGCCGCCGGAAUCGCUGACUUGCUGCAUAAAUCAACAGACCGACGGCCUGGGCCCGAGGCUUUCACCAGAUACCGGCCGUGAUACCGCUGACUGAAGGGUUGGAAGCGGUGGUGGUGGUGAUGCUGCCACUACUACUGUCAUCGUGCAGGAGCUUACCUGAAAGUGUUAUAUAUCAAGGGGUAGCCCAGCGAUGGGCUGCAUCGCGGAGUAUAUAUGUGCAAGACAGAGUUGAUGGCCAACAUAGGAUCAGUUCAUGCAAAUAACAAUGCAUCAUGUUACCUUUAAUAAAGCGUGAGAAACAGGUAGAUGCGAAUUCUAGAUGACUACACCGCGAGACAUAACUUCAUGUACACAGGUAUGGUAGAGAAUCCAUGAUCAAUGACUCGUAACUCCGUGCCAGACGAAAGCAAUAUAACUACACACCAAUAUGAAUAAAAACCAUUCUUUGCUCGAGCGGCACUUUCGUUUUCACAGCGUGAGUAGCACGGUUGAGUGCCCAAGCCGCCUUCGUACAGUCCAUGAACCCGCCAUCCUCCACAUGCUUAACCAUAUUCUCGUAGAACGCUUC